AUGGGUACAAGUGCCAGCGCUGUACCACAGUCUGCCCCCGUCGCACCUACAUACAAAGAGGGUCGCCACGGUAACGGCGUGCCCAAGGGUAGACGUUCGCUGAGUCCCCACCAGGCGGUCAGCGUUCACAACGGCAAGGCCAAGUCCAUCAUCACAAACAAAGUGGCCCCUGUGGUCAUCACGUAUAAUUGCAGGGAGGAGUUUCAGAUUCAUGAUGAGCUCCAACCAGCAAACUACUCAGUGGGAAGAAUCUUUGAGAAAAUGCCAGAGCACUACCUGGUUCUGGGGGAGUGUUUUAUGGUCCAGGAUGUGUACAUUAGAGCAGAUGUCUUAAAUACAAUAGGAAGCUAUGGGGCUCCCAACUUCCGAAAAGCCAAGGGAAACUACCCCCUGUUUGGCAUGGGCCAGCCCAGCCUGAAUGGUUUCACUCAGGUCCUCAAGAGGUUACAGAGUGAAGGCUAUGAGGAGAUUAUUUUCCUUUGUGUCCGGGAAGAGCCAGUCGUCUUCCUGCGCUUGGAAAAGGAUUUUAUUCCGUACACUCCCAGGAGAAGAGAAAACCUUCACGAGAACCUACAUGACCUGGAUAAAGAGGUCACAACAGAGCAGCUGGAGCUGACCAUUAGGAAAGAGUUAUGUGACUUCGCUAAACUUAGCGAAAACAAGUUUUACGUGUAUAACGAUAUCGAGCACUUUAAAAACGAGCCGCAGAGUGUGAGCAUUCUGUCUGAGGAAGAUAUAUUUGUCACAGAGGAAGUCUACAAAAGACCACUCUUCACGAUGCCUUCCUACAGGUAUUACCGGAUACCGCUGCCAAUGGAGGGAGCACCGCUAGAGGAAAUUUUUGAUGAGUUUGUCAGUGUACUUAAGGACAACCCAAACUUGUCGGUGAUGCGAGAUUUGUCCAGACCCCUGCCUGCCCUGCUUUUCAGCUGCCAGGUGGGUGUAGGCCGCACCAACCUGGGCCUUAUCUUGGGUUCUUUGGUCUUCCACCAUCUCAAGGGGGCGCCAGACCUACCCAGGGUCGAGAAAACGAGACAGGACACGCACGGUCCAGAGUUCCAGUUAAUCCAGAUGCUAACCAGUCGACUUCCUCAAGGUCAACAACUCCAGGAAGAGGUUGACUAUGCUAUUGCUAUGUGCUCUGAUAUGCACAAUAUUAAAGAUGCAAUUUAUGAAAACAAACGCAAGCUGGAAGGCAUUGGAGAGGAUUAUCAAAUACAGGGAAGCAGUACAAAGGGAUAUUUCCUACAGAGGACACUGCAGAGUCUGGAGCGUUAUAUUUACUUGAUAGUGUUCAACUCUUAUCUUCAUGAACAGUAUCCAUUGGCUUUCACUAUGAGUUUCAGCCGAUGGCUGUGUGAUCAUGCUUGGAUAUACAGGUUGUUGUCUAACAUGGACCUAUCAGAACUCUCUGCUCCAGCUAACCUUGUCUCCAGUGGGACCAGGGUACUGGUCUCCAGUGAGUACUUGGCUCCAGACCUGCUCAGUACAGUCAAAGACAUGAAAGUGGCUAACUUCAGACGAGUUCCCAAGAUGCCUGUGUACGGCAUGGCCCAGCCCAGCUCUGAGGCUCUGUCUGUGGUGCUGUCUUACCUGACGGGCCAGAAACGGAAACACUCCAGCAUUCUGUGGGUGAAUCUACAGGAAGAACUGGUCCUGGUGGGUAAUGGGCAGAUUUACACCCCCCGAGAGCCGGCGUGCCUGGAGCAUCCCAUCCUACUGUGUGUACAACACUCAAACCAACUCAACGAGCUGGAAAUGGCAGUGAAAGAAGACAUCCUGCAGAGUCAGAAGUGGAUGGAGGUGAUUUUGGAGCAGGACAAACAGAUGAGGAUGCUGAAGUGUUGCCUGACUGUGGAGGAACUCUUCACCCAGAAGAAAGCCACUUAUCCUGGCCUCAUUUAUAAACGCAUUCCCCUGUCUGAAUGCUGUGCACCCAGGGAAGAGGUGUUCGAUCAGCUGCUGGAGGCGAUGAAGAGCGGUCUAGCCGAAGAUCCCAGCUCUGCCUUUGUCUUUAACUGUGACAACGGGAAAGACAGGACCACCGCUGCCAUGGUCCUGGCGGUGCUCACGCUGUGGCACUUCAAUGGCUUCCCUGAGAUAACGGAAGAUGAAAUCGUGAGUGUCCCAGAUGCCAAGUACACCAAAGGCGAGUUUGAGGUGGUAAUGCGGGUAGUCAGACUGCUACCUGAUGGUCUUCGGAUAAAGAAAGAGGUUGACAUGGCUCUGGAUAUUGUCAGUGAAACAAUGACACCCAUGCACUACCAUCUGCGGGAGAUCAUAAUAUGCAGCUACAGACAGAUCAAAACGGCGAAGACGGGGGCAGAGUCCCAGUGGCUGGAGCUAAGGAGCAGGCAGUACCUGGAGCGGUACCUUUACCUCAUCCUGUUCAACAGUUACCUGCAUCUGGAGAAGAAAGACUCCUGGAGGCGACCUUUCAGCGUGUGGAUGCUUCAAGUGGCUGCAAAAGCUGGCAUCUAUGCCAUCCUCAACCAGCUGGGCUUCUCAGAGUUUGAAAACCCAAAGGACAAUUCACUGGCGAGUCUGAGGGUUCGCUGGCAACAGCAUAAUACCCGUUCACUGCCAAUCCGGGGAGAGUUCAUCUAG